AUGGAGAACGUAGCCGCGCAAUUGAAGCGCGGGAUAUCGAGACAAUUCUCCACGGGAUCAAUGCGGCGAACACUAAGCCGGCAAUUCACACGCCAAUCCUCUCUCGACCCUCGCCGCAACAACAUGCGGUUCAGCUUCGGCCGCCAAUCGUCGCUCGAUCCGAUCAGACGGAGCCCCGAAUCCCUCAGCUGCGAGCCGCAGAUGAUGACUGUGCCGGAGAAUCUCGAUUCCACGAUGCAGCUUCUCUUCAUGGCGAGCAAAGGCGACGUUCACGGCGUCGAGGAGCUGCUCGACGACGGGAUUGAUGUGAACAGCAUCGAUCUCGAUGGACGUACGGCUCUUCACAUUGCCUCCUGUGAAGGUCACUACGACGUCGUUAAGGUCCUUCUUAGCCGGAGAGCCAACAUCGACGCUCGUGAUCGUUGGGGUAGCACGGCGGCUGUUGAUGCGAAGUAUUAUGGGAAUGUUGAAGUGUACAAUCUCUUGAAAGCUCGAGGAGCUAAAGCUCCGAAAACCAGAAAGACUCCAAUGACGGUGGGGAAUCCGAAAGAAGUUCCUGAGUAUGAGCUUAAUCCACUCGAGCUUCAAGUCCGAAAAGUUGACGGCAUCUCAAAGGGAACGUAUCAGGUUGCUAAAUGGAAUGGCACGCGAGUCUCGGUAAAAAUAUCCGAUAAAGAUAGUUAUUCAGAUCCUGAACGAGUAAACGCAUUCACACAUGAAUUAACUUUGCUAGCUAAAGCUCGUCAUCCAAAUAUUGUUCAAUUUGUUGGAGCCGUGACUCAAAACCUACCAAUGAUGAUUGUAGUCGAGUACAAUCCAAAAGGUGAUCUAAGUGGCUAUCUCCAGAAGAAAGGUCGUCUUUCUCCUUCCAAGGCUCUGAGAUUUGCUCUUGAUAUUGCCAGAGGCAUGAACUACCUCCAUGAGUGUAAACCAGAUCCGAUCAUCCACUGCGACUUAACGCCAAAAAAUAUUUUGCUGGAUAGGGGAGGGCAAUUGAAGAUCUCUGGAUUUGGUUUGAUAAAGCUGUCAAAGAUUUCUGAAGAUAAUGCCAAAGCCGCCAACCACGAAGCUCAAAUCGAUAAAUCAAAUUACUAUAUAGCACCUGAAAUUUACAAAGAUGAAAUCUUUGAUAAAAGGGUAGAUGUGCAUUCGUUUGGUGUCAUUUUGUAUGAGAUGACUGAGGGAGUUUCCAUUUUUCAUCCUAAACCGCCUGAAGAGGUUACAGAAUCGAUAUGUGUAGAAGGAAAAAGACCAGUAAUCAAGACUAAAUCGAAGAGUUAUCCCCCGGAAUUGAAAGAGUUGAUUGAGGAAUGUUGGCAUCAAGAUAUUGGUAUGAGGCCAACAUUCACUGAGAUUAUUAUUCGGCUCGACAAAAUAGUUGCAAACUGUUCUAAGCAGGGAUGGUGGAAAGACACAUUUAAGUUUCCUUGGUAA